GCUCUGGAGUGUUCUUUACCUCUGAUUUGAUUUACACCUCAUCUGGACGUACAUGGCGGACAUCUGCAGCUAAGGUCGAGCUGUUUUCAUUCAGCUUUAUGGAUCUAGAGAGAAUCCUGGACAUUUCUGCUUAAGCUUAUCUUGUCUCAGAGGCUGACAGCAUGGACUCCGUCUCUCAGACCUUAAGAGAUCAGGUCUCCGAGCUGCUGAAGCCUCACAGAAUCUGCCUAGUGACACCAAUACUUCUGCAUCAGUCCAACCAAUGCGGGAGGUCAGGCAGCAAGUUUGUUGUGCUGAGUCUGUGGAGAGGCUACGUGGUCACCAACAAGCAGCCACUCAAGGUGGAGAGCACAUUCAGCUACCUGGAGAUUUCCUCCAUCAACAUCCACAGUCUUACAAAGAUUGAGUUGGAGAUAGACAGACAGAGUCUGUCUUUUAGCGUCUUACAUGAUGAAGAUCUCCUGGCCAUGAUCAGCCACAUGACUGCGUCACUAAAGAGGAUCUUCCCAGAUGCUUCUCCAGGGAAGCUGGUAAAGACGGCUCCCCAGGACCUCCAGGAGAGGCUGCUCAAACUGACUGGUGUCAUAGAGGAGCAGCUGAACAGCCAGCCUGGCCCCUGUGGAGGAUUCUCAGAUACCUACGCUGCUCUUUGUGAUUUGAAUGAAAUUCCAUUCAGAGAGGAGAUUCAGUGGGACAUCGACAACAUCUACUACACACACAACUGGAAAAAGUUCAACCUGCAGGACUUUAGCCAUUUAGAAAGCAAAGACCUAGCUUUGGCUGUAGCAGCUUUGUCUUUCAACCAGUGGUUCACUAAGAUCUACUGCAAAGGACUCAAACUGUCAGUUGACGUCCAGCAGCAGCUGACAUUCCUGCUCUCCAAAUCUUCAACUCUGGAGGAAUUCUCCCUGGAGGACUGUGGGUUAAAAGUGGACUUUGCUGUGAAAAUGGCCACUGCCCUCCAUGAAGGCCCACCUUCUGCUCUGCAAGCCAUCAAUCUGUCGGGCAACUCGGUGGAAGACAAAGGUGUAAUCGCCCUCAGUCAGGAGAUCCAGCACCUGAAUGAGGGACUGCAGGUCCUCUCCCUGAGCCGGGUCUCCAUGAGCUCCAAAGGUCUUGGCUGUCUCAGCCAGGUGUUAUCCUCCUGCCAGCAGUUUUCCACGUCUCUCACUCAUCUUGAUCUGUCUUGUAACCCGGGAAGCCUCGUCACUGAGGACGCAACGUUUCUUUUCAAGUUCUUGUCGGGGACUAACUCCCUGUCAUACUUGGACCUCAGUGACACUGACUGCCCUCUGGACACGUUAUUUGUAUCCCUGUCUGCUGGAUGUUGUUAUAAACUGACCCACCUGAACCUGGCCAGAAACCCCUUCAGCCACAGGAAAGUGCGGGAAGUGACCACGAGUGUCCAGGAGUUCUUCAGUCAGAGCUGUGAGCUGAGAUACGUGGGUCUGUCUGCAACCAAGCUGCCUCCACAGGCUCUCAGGUUAUUGCUGCAGGGUCUUGCCACCAACACGCAUCUCUGUGGAUUGGAGUUAGAUCUCAGCAGCUGUGAGCUGUGUUCGGCUGGGGCCCAGGUGAUACAGGAGCACAUCUCCGAGGCGACAGCAAUCAGAAGCCUGGAUAUCUCUGACAACAGUUUUGAGAACGACAUGGUGACCCUGGUUCUGUCUGUGGGUCGAUGCAAGUCUCUUCGUCACCUUGCUCUUGGGAGGAACUUUGCCAUGAAGUCCAGAGCUCUCACCGACCUUCUUCAUCGCAUUGCCCAGCUCAUUCAGGAUGAGGAGUGUCCACUGGAGUCGCUCUCAGUGUGUGACUCCAAGCUGAAGACAGGGAUGCACAUUCUGCUCAGCGCUCUGGGGGGCCACGCCACUUUGGCUGAGCUGGACAUCAGUGGGAACAACAUUGGAGACACUGGAGCCAAAAUGCUGGCCAAAGCCCUGAUGACCAACACCAAACUCAGGUCGUUGACUUGGGACAGAAACAAUGUGACUGCCAGAGGUUUUCAGGAUGUGGCCGAUGCCUUAGAGAGGAACUUUACGCUACAGGAGAUGUCUCUACCCUUGGCUGAUAUCUCCCAGAGUUACCGCAGCAGCCUGGACAGAAUCAAAGACGCUCUGCACAAGAUCCAGCUGUGUUUAGACAGGAACAAGAUGAAACAUCCUGGAAGUGUGGAGCUUAAGCAACUCUUCAGGAGUCAACCGUCUGAAAAGCUGAUCCGGGGUAUGUGCCGCCAGCUGGAAGACAGUCUGCAGCGUAUAAGCCUCUGCAACGCCCAGCUAGUCCAGAACGACAUUAUGACUGCACACGAGGUGCUUCAAAAUGCCAGAGAGUCUCUGAAGCUGCUUCCGUCUCUCUGUGAAGAGAGCAGGAAGUCUGUUUCUGAUGGAGACUGGGUGAUGGAUAUCCUGUCUGAUACGACUUCGGCCCUAACUCAGGAAAUCACCAAAAACUUGCAGGAGUUUGGUCAAGGCCUGAUGGGAUAUGCAGAGACGGUGUGUCCACGGGUGGUUCAGCGCUCCAGUGUCUGCAAGAGUCUGUCAGAGUGCAUAUCCAAAAGAAGCAAACAGGCCGAAACAUUCCUGAGAAGCACUCUGGUGGAAACUGCAGGUCAAAAAAUCUCUUCGAGACUGAGUGAACUGAGACAAACGUUGGCUGUGACUCUGGCUGAGAGCAUGGUAGAGCAGGUGCUGCAGGAUCUGACAGCGGCACAGGACAAAAUGGACUGCCUAAUUAGUGAAAAUUCAUCCAGUGCUCAGAGAAUCAACAUCCCAGAGCUCCGACUGACUGACAGUGAUUUCCCAACCGAUGAUUACAGUCCAGCCUUCUGGAGGAACGGUUUGCUUUCUCAGAGCUUGAGGCCGGCCGCUUCCAUCAAAAGUCUCCUGGAUGCAGACUAUGAGAUAAACACCAGGGAUCGGAGACCAGAGAGAGAGGAGGGAGGAGCUUCAACAGAGGAUGAUGGAGGAGGAAGGUGCACCCUCCCACAGUUGCCCCCCUUAAGUCCCUCCCCUAAUCCUUCCCCUUCUACUUCCUUGUCCCCCUCCCCGCAACUACAUAGGGGGAGGAGGUGGAUGGAGGGGGAGGUGGCAUCCGUGGAUGCUGCAGAAGCAGUAUCAGGAGAUGCAGCAUCGUUCAGCCCUCCUCCCAUCUCCCCCCCUAUCUACUCCAUCCCUCAUCGAGCUCCAAAGGAUGCAGCAGCUGGUCGUGGAGGCCUGAUCGGACGACAGCCUCUCUCCCCUGGCUGCCCAGGCCCCCACCCUGGCUCUGGACUCUCUGUUUCUCCCAUGGAGCCUCUACCGAGCCAGGGACAGACUCUAAGGCACUACACCGCCUCCCGACCACGACCACGACGCACACACACGCAACCCCCCUCCUCCAGGCCUCAGGAACCAGUGUCUGAGGACAAGAAAGACGGAAAUGAGGCGAUGGACAGAGUGGAUGAAGGAGUAGAGGAGUUCUUCACCAAGAAAAUCCUCCCUGACUAUGCACUAAAAGGUCGAUGGGAGGAGUCAAACUCUACCCAAGUCCCAGAAUCAAGCACCACCCCUCUUCCCUCUCCAUCUGAUAUUACUUUAUCUACCACCACCAUCACCUCUCCCUCUGCUACAUCUACUGACACUUCCUUUCCAUCCCUUGAUGUUCACUCCCUUCCCUCAUCCACCACCUUUCCCUCCACCACUAGUUCCACCACCUCCGCAAUUCCUACAAAAAAUAUAAAGAAAAAGUUUGGUGAUUUCUUCGUCUUCAAGAGAGCUCGAGCAGGCCGAUCUGCCAAGACAGGCGGUGGGGAUGGAGGACAAGGAUCUGAGGUGGUCAAGGUCAAAAGGUCCUCCAUCGCAGAUCUCAUUCGACCCCUUCGGGAGACCAAAGACAGGGACAGAGAUAGGGAAAGGGAGAAGGAGAGGUGGAAGGUGUCAGAGGAGGAUGCUAACAUUUGUAAUGAUGCCACUACUACAGAAGGAACUGUCGCCCCCGGCUGCCAUCUUGCCGACGUUGUGAGGGAAACAGUACCCCCGGCUGAAUCAUUAAGCACAACACAAUCGAGCGGGACGACUCCCCCCUACCCCACCGUCGCAACAAGCCCUGGACUCACCACAGCUGUGGUAGCUGAACUGGAAGAAGCAGCAGCUCCUGUACCACCACCACGCCUCAGCCCAACUCCUGCCAUCUUUACAACACCGGCGGUGCCAGAGAGGCAACCAGGGGAUCCGUCAUGUGGGGAAAGGAGACUGAGGGUGACCAAAAGACUGAGAGAAAAUAAGAGCCAGAGUCUCAUCCUGCUGACAGGGAUAGAAGCGGAGGACAAAGAUAAUACACCCAAUAAGAAACAUGCAUCUGAGAGCACGCCUGGCUUUGAACAGAGGCUUCAGGUGAUGCUGCACAGAAUGGGAGUGACCAAAACUCCACCUGCUGAUACCAAGAUGUGCCAGAAUAAAGAUGAGGAACUGAGAAAAGCCACCUCUGAAGGUGCUAUCCUGAACAAACCUGAACUACCUCCCAAAGACAUCAAGUCCCGAACGAUGUCAACCUCAUCAGCUGAGCCCAGGCAUCCUCUGAGGUUACAAGACCCCAACCGGCCGGUUCUGCUCUACCCAAAGCCCGCCCUUCCUGAGCGCCUGGUGGCCCCCCCUCCAGCCAGACCUUCUCUAGCAGUCAAACCUCCCCCACCCAUCCCAGCUGCUCGUCCCUCCUCUGCUCCUGCCCUCAGCAGCUCAUCAGAACAAAUCCAGCAACAGGAUGGCAGGCCAAUGGAAACCACACAGCAGAACGGCAGCCAGGAUGGUGCACAGGGUGAAACCCUCCGUCUGUCUCCCAGGAAAGAGCUCCGUCCUUCAGCUCCAAGACCUUGGAGAGGUGAUGCUGCUCCAGAUCGCAGCGAGAAAGCACAGUCAGUCACUGAUGAGAGUCUUCCUAAACUACGGCAACACCUGAAGCCCCUCCCACAACGCAGAGCUAUAUCUGUUCAUGAGGAAGCAUUGGCCAUGACACAAGAACUCAAGGCUGUACUGCAGAGGUCCCCCAUCCGUUACCGGGGUAAUCGCCCGGAUCUACCGUCCUGCAGUGAAGAUGAAGCACAAACGAAACAGUCGGAGAAAGAACAGGUGAAGAACCAGAUGGAUGAACAGAAGGCAGAGAGAGGACCAACAGUUGGAGGAACUACCAACAAGGAACUCUUUUUCACAGCAGAGUCUUCCUCUGCUACUAGAAUGAGGAAUUCACCUGACAAGACGCUUCCUGUCAUGGAGAGACCUCCUGAUCCACCCAGAAAGGUGGGAAGGUCCCCCGUCACCCUCACGUCUGAGAGCAAGAGCCCCAGCAAGUUAUCAGCUUCUUCACCACUGCAGGAAAAGAGCCCGAGCCCACUGCUAGCUGGCCCUAAAUCUCCAGAGUUAGCUCAACUAAGCCCCGCCUCCCAGAAGAAGAGCAGCUCUGUGGCAUCGGAUCAGAGGAGAGGAAAAGGACUUUCUCCACCGCACAGCGAGCCGGCCGAGCACAGAACCGAGGCCUGUCUGUUUGACUGACGCACAGAGACCGUCCUGCACUCCAAGAGACCGUCCUGCACGCACAGAGACCGUCCUGCACGCACAGAGACUGUCCUGCACGCACAGGGACCUUCCUACGUGCAAGGAGACCGUCCUGCAUGCACAGACACUGUCCUGUGCACCCAGAGACCGUCCUGUGCACCCAGAGACCGUCCCACGUGCCCAAAUACCGUCCUGCGCACACAGAGACCGUCCUGCGCGCCCAGAGACCAUCCUGCGUGCACGAAGACCGUCCUGCACGCACAGAGACU